AUGGCACGAACUUCCAUGAUGAAUGCUGCCGCAGUGCAGGAGGCCAAAAACCAAUCCCCAGCAGCAGUGCCCGAAAAUUAUGGAGCCUGGUGGAUCAGCGAGGAGAAGCUCAAUGAAUUGACACCUCGCGUGGCCGAAGACGGUAGAAUCCUCUUGCCUGGAUUUGGCAGGCCGCUCAAUGAUAUGCUUGAGCAAGAUACGUUUGGCCACACACAUGGUGAAAUGGGCAGUACAAUCAAUCGCACGCCUAAUGCACUCCAGGAAUGGGGCAUUGAGCCACUUACCGUGCGGGAGAGGAACAUGAUGCAGGUCGUCAAUGCUAUCACUGAUAAGCCUGACUGGAGAAGAAAAGUCUUCGAUGACACCAUCAUCGCCAAAUGGCGGGCUGAAGCAGUCACUGAAGAGGGACAAGGCUUUACCGAAAAGAUGUUUGACUAUGACAAGGCUGGUCAACACACAGAGGACGACUUAGUCGCCGUAUUGGACUCGGAGUGGGCUGUAGUCAAGUCGGACAGUAUCAUCUCUGGAGAACUGAAAGAGGAACUCAAANAGGCUAUAGCUCCUCUGGAAGAAGUGCCGGCAAUUGCCAAAGACUGGCACCCAGGAUCCAACGAACAAGUCCUUGAUUUGGUCCACCCCUCGCUCUUCCCGUUGAUCUAUGGCCGAUCAAGGAUUCUUCCCGCUGGCACGAUCGGUCUGAAAGAUUGUAUCCAGAACUCUGGCAAGGGCGAUAUUGUACCAAUACCAAGCGAUGACGACUGCAAACUGGGUCAGCAAACACAUUGGCUAGCCACCAACGGACAAGGCCAAACCGAUUAUUGGUCCAAUCGCUUUCAAUGGCUCCCGAGCAAUGUGGCCUUCACCGAAGGAGACGGCGUCAAGAUCACAAGUUACAUCAACAACCUUCACCCAGUACAUCACAAGGCCAUCUAUCCGGUCAUUGAAAAGUUCAUCGCCAAGUCUGUUCCUGCCUGGGAUCUUGUGCUCUCAUCGUACGUCUCGACCAAACGUACCGAGACACUCCGCGUACCCAUGACGGGCACAGAGUACGAGUUUCCGCUGGGUGAGGAGGCGCCAGAGAGUGUGCGUGAAGUCGUUGCGUUAUCGGACCUUCCCAAGAAUAUCAUGCUAACUAACCAUGAAUGCAGGNUAAGAGACAACCGUGUACUCAUCAAGCCCGAUGCCCGCGAGUACGAUCGUUCCAUCUACAAGAACAAAGACGCAGUCGAGCCCAUAAGCCUUCGCUCGCACUUCGCAGCAAACGGCAUUCAAGUCAUCGUCAAACUAGCCAACAUCCACCUCACACCUUCGAACCCCGAAUACUCGGGCGGAAGCUGGCACAUCGAGGGCAAACUCAAUGAGCACAUCUGCGCCACAGCUCUCUACUACUACGACAACGAAAACAUCACAGACUCUCACCUCGCCUUCAGGACCAAAUGCUCAGUCGACGAGAUAACAUCCCGUGACUACCAGCAAGACGACAACGGCGGUGUGUGCUAUCUCUUCGACAUUGAGCGCAAUGGCCCAGGCAUCCAGAAGAUUGGUCAAGUGACCACUAACGAGGGCCGUCUUUUGGCUUUCCCGAAUGUGCUGCAACAUCAAGUACAGCCUUUCAAGCUCGUCGAUGCUACAAAACCCGGCCACCGCAAGAUCCUCGCUCUGUUUCUGGUAGACCCCUUCCACCGCGUCGUCAGCACUGCCAACGUCCCGCCGCAGCAACGCGAAUGGUGGGCUGAAGCUGUGCAAGGACUCGAAGGAAAACUGGACGAGCUAUCCCCAGAGUUGCGCCAUCAGGUCAUGACCGAAGUGGGAGAUUUCCCCAUCAGUCUCGAGGAAGCAAAGACUUUGAGAGAGGAGUUGAUGGAUGAGAGAAGGGCGUUUGUGAAGGAUGUCAACAAUAUGUAUCAAGGGGAGGAGUUCAGCUUCUGUGAGCAUUAG